CUGCCAGUGUAUACCUACCUUACCUACCUUGUCUACCUACCUUGCUUUUGCUUGCGCGGGCCCGCUAAUGCCGACAUCCCUGCCCCCCUUUCAGACAAACAAACUUCAUUUAUCGAUUCGGGCUGCACUACAACCAAGGUCGCGACGCGACGACUUGCGCCAGCACCGGACAAACCGACACACCCCGGACAAAACCCUCUGCUGCCUCAUGAUCUAUGUCUAAAGCGACGUCCAAGCAAAGUUUACUGGGCUUGGUGGAUUCCGACUCGGACGACGACCUUGGAGCGAGCUUUGCCUCCAUUGAGAACCACGGAUCUGUUUUGAAGAAGAUAUCAGCAAAGAAAAUGCCUCCCAAGAAAGCCGCAGGCCGCCCGGCAGCCAGCAAGGUCACCAAGAAGCCUGCAAAGGCAACGACGAGUCGCGCUAGUGACCGACUCGCCGCCGCCGUGGAAGCUGCUAUCGAAGAUCCCGAUGCGCCCAUGACAACGAAACCUGGUGCAGACGCCCCAAAGAGGGGCCGCAAGGCCACGGCGGUGAAGGCCGACGACGCUGUGAUACCUGUGUCACCGCCUAGUAGCGGGGCAGCAAAAGGCAAGGUUGCCCGAGGGCGACCAAAGGCUGCAGCAACUGCGAAAAAGAACGCCAAGGAUCAGGAUGCGCCCGAAGAGGUCCCCCAGACUACCACAUCUGCACCUGCGAGGAGGGGUAGGAAGCCGGCCGCCAAGGCGCAGACCGUCGAUGUCGAAGAGACUCUAGAGAUUCCCGAAACACAGCAACCGCAGGAUGCCAUGGAUGUUGACGAGGACACGGGAGUGGAGCAGGAAGAGGUCACAGCUAUGGACGACCUGACCGCCGUAUCACCCGUUGGUUCACCGCCUGGUAGGGCCUUGCCGUUGAGCAUGUCGUCACCCGGAAAGGUCAGGAGCCGGCCGACUGUUCCGACAGAUGUCGAUGAGAGCGACUCAUCAUUACGACGACGGCUGGGAGACCUUAACAAGAAGUAUGACGCUUUGGAAACAAAGUAUCGUGACUUGCGAGAAAUCGGGGUGAAGGAAGCCGAGCGCACGUUUGACCGUUACAAGAAGCAGAGUGAAGACCGGGCAAAGACUGCCGCCGAUCUGAUUGCAAAACUUAAAGAUGAGCUUGCUGCCCAAAAAGAUCUCGCAAGGGAGGGCCAGAGGUAUAAGAAAGAUCUUGAGGCGAAGAAUGCAGAGGCCAUUUCCCUAGCGGGCCAAGUGCAAGCCAUGGAGAAUGCUUUGGCAGAAGCCAGGAAAGAAAUCAAAACGCUAGCCACGAGGCUGUCGGCGUCUAGAACUGUUGAGGUGCCGCACAGUAUGAAAGCUCCUCCGGGAAGCGCUCUCAAGACUGGAGCUGGAGUGGGCUCUGCUGCGGCUCGGGCUGCUGCCAGCGCCGAAGCUAUGCAGGUUGCACAGGCUGCGCAGAUGAAGGAGGACCUGUACGGUGACCUUACUGGCCUAAUAAUUCGGGGUGUCAAGAGGAGCGAGGAUGAGGAUGUGUUUGACUGCAUACAGACUGGUCGGAAUGGAACAUUGCACUUUAAGCUGUCAAUCGGCAAUGACAUGUCCGCAGAAAACUACGAUGAGGUGCAAUUUAUGUACAUGCCACAGCUCGACCCAAGUCGAGAUAGGGCACUCAUUGACAUGUUACCAGACUACUUGGUGGAGGAGAUCAGCUUUCCGAGGCCUCAUGCUGCAAAAUUCUAUUCAAGGGUCAUGCGGUCUUUAACGGAGCGUGUGGAUCAGGGGGAAUAAAAUAAUAUGCCAUCAGCAGAGCUUUCAAGUAAUUGGAAGAGCGCUGAUCUUUUGCAUAAUGUUUGUUUAGUUUGAGAUGACAGGACCUGGAUGAAGCGGUAUGAAUAACAUGCGCGGGAGUUUGGGGCGUCAGAUGUUUAGUUCUUCGUUUCCUGUCUGUGGAUUCCUUUGGUCCGCGUAUAUACCAUUUUCCCUACUUUUUUUUUUUUUUUUUUUUUUUUUUUUUCUUUCCCGGUUGGAUCUUAUGAAAU